AUGAUGGCUAGCAGUGGCGCCACAGGCGAGGGAGCGUACCAGCGGCCGGGAUCGCAGACCUACUCCUCGCACGCGUCAGACUUUGGGUUCCGCGGAGACCGCGCUGCCGGCGAGCAGCCGAAAACGCUGCACUUCAAACUCGUCUUGCUGGGCGACACCAGCGUUGGGAAAAGUUGCCUCGUCGUCAGAUUCGCGAAAGACGAAUUCUACGAGUACCAAGAGAGCACAAUCGGCGCGGCUUUCAUGACUCAGUCCGUGGACCUGGGCAGCUGCAUUGUCAAGUUCGAGAUCUGGGAUACCGCCGGGCAGGAGCGCUACCGGUCUUUGGCGCCGAUGUACUACAGAGGCGCGGCUGCGGCUGUGGUGGUGUAUGAUAUCUCCAAUCGCGACAGCUUCCAGGGCGCCAAGUCGUGGAUUCAGGAGCUCCAAACUGUCAACGACCGGUCAAACGUGGUCAUUGCGCUGGCGGGAAACAAGGAAGAUCUCACGGCUGAGCGCCAAGUGCCGAAGCAGGAGGCUCAGCAGUACGCGGACGAGCAUGGGAUUCUGUUUCUCGAAACCAGCGCAAAGACUGGUCACAACGUCAACGAACUCUUCUACGAAAUCGCGGCGCUGCUUCCGAAGACGCGAAAGGAGCACGAUCCUCAUGCCGGCUUUCAGCUGAAUAAAACUCAGGAGCAGAAACCUUCCUCGCGGGCUUGGUGUGCGUGCGGCGGCGGGAGAAGCAGCUGA